AUGUGCGAAGAUAAGCAAAUACAGCAACAACAUCAAAGAACAAUGAAUAAAGUUCGUUCAAUAUGGAAGUCUUUUACGGCCUUAGAACAAAGCGAGGGCGUUGGCGCUAAGGUUAGAAGAGCAAUUGGCACUAUGCAACUUCGUAAUUUCACACCAUUUUUGAUGCUCGAUCACUUUACCGUUGCUCCUCCCGCAGGAUUCCCAGAUCACCCGCACCAUGGACAGGAAACUAUCACCUAUGUCUUGGGGGGUAUGAUCGCACACGAAGACUUUACAGGCUCCCAUGGAGUUCUCCGAAAGGGAGAUCUACAAUUUAUGACUGCUGGAAAAGGGAUCGUACACUCAGAAAUACCAGUAAAAUUGGACUCCAAUGAGCCAGCAGUUGGGCUACAACUAUGGGUGGAUUUGCCUGCUCAUUUGAAGAACUGUGAGCCUCGUUAUAGAGACCUACGGCAAAGCGAGACGCCUGUAGCCAGGCCACACGAUAAUCUAGAGGUCCGUGUCAUUAGCGGUAACUCCUACGGUGUUGAAUCGCUUCAUGAGCUUGCAUACACCCCCGUAAGUUUUUACCACUUUAUCACGUCCAGCGCUGGUACCAGCUUUACGCAGGCAUUUCCCGACAACUUCAACUCCUUCAUGUAUGUUCUCAAGGGUGCUGUUAAGGUUAAUGGUAAAGUUUUUCCGCAGUACUCGUCUAUCUUUUUUAAAGCCGAUGGGUCUCAUGUAGAAGGUGUGAGUGCCUCGGAUAAUGCUGAAUUUGCGUUGAUUGGGGGUGAAAUACUUGAUCAACCGGUAGUCCAAUAUGGGCCGUUUGUAGAAACUUCCAGAGAGAAGAUCUUAGAAGUUUUUGAUAACUACCAAUCCGGGCUCAAUGGUUUUGAGAAUGCUCCCGGCUGGAGCUCAUCUAUAUCACAUGGUAUCGCUGAAGAUCGGGUCGCUGACUUUGAGGAAGUUGCCGACCAUUAA